AUGUUCUCUCGCACAUACUUUUGGGCGCAGCGAAAGUUGCCGUUUUACCCCAUAAAUCCCAAGAAUCCGCUUGUGUUUUUUGAGAUUUCAAUUGGAUCCCAACCAGCGGGGCGAGUUGAGAUGGAGCUAUUCAAAGACGUCGUUCCAAAAACAGCCGAAAACUUUCGGGCGCUAUGCACUGGUGAGAAGGGUGUUGGGCGUUCUGGAAAGGCACUCUGGUAUAAGGGAAGCAAAUUUCAUCGCGUCAUUCCUCAGUUUAUGUGUCAAGGAGGGGAUUUUACAAAUGGGAAUGGUACAGGGGGUGAGUCAAUAUAUGGAAUGAAGUUCCCUGAUGAAUCCUUUGCUGGUAGAGCCGGGAAGCACUUUGGUCCCGGUACUCUUUCCAUGGCAAAUGCUGGGCCUAAUACCAACGGUUCCCAGUUUUUCAUUUGCACCUCAGCCACGGAGUGGCUGGAUGGAAAGCAUGUGGUCUUUGGCCAGGUCACUAAGGGCUACGAGGUGAUCGAAAAGAUCGAGACCAACGGUAGUCGCUCAGGGACUACGCGUCAGCCAAUUAUUAUUACGGAUUGUGGUCAGGUCAGUAGCAAUUAA